AUGAAGGUCUCCAUAACCAUCCUGUGCCUGCUACUCACGGCUGCCGACCUCAGCACCCAGGUGCUUACUCACCCUGGUUCAGUUGGCAUUCCAGUCAACUGCUGCUUCACUGUGAGCAACAGAAAGAUCCCCACCCAGAGGUUGGAAAGCUACACCAGGAUCACCAACAGCCACUGUCCCCUGGAAGCUGUGAUCUUCAAGACCAAGUCACCCAAGUUGGUCUGUGCAGACCCCAAGGAGAAGUGGGUCCAGAAUGCCAUAAAGAUCCUGGACACGAGAUCCUGAACCCCGAAGG